AUGAGGAAUUGUCUAUUGUUGCUUAUCGUUGGCGCCUCAAUGGCAUGCAAACAUUGGGAUCGGAGUACCGAUUCGAAUGGAUGCCCGAAGGGAUGGGUGGUCGUGAUGAGAAGCGGAAGAGCGCAUUGUCUCAAAGCGAUCGGCGAGCGCGCAUACUUUGAGGACGCCGAAUUCUGUUGUUCGCAGUAUGGAGGAACUGUCGGAGGAUUCCAGAACAAGCGCGAGAGGGACCUUGUCCUUGCUGAUGCUCAGAAGGAUGAGUAUUUCAAUGAUGGCGGAGCAAUUUGGAUCGGAGCCCAACGACGAGAUGAGUGCUCGGGACGAAAUGAAAAUCGAUGGGAUUGCCGGCCGGCGGCGACGAAGGCGUUCAAAUGGCUCGACACGAGCAUCACGGGAUCUGACGGAUUCAAUUUCAUCGAUGGGCAGCCGGACAACAAUAACUACAAUCAGAAUUGUGUUUACAUGAUCAGUCAGACGAUGACGGACGGAUUUGGGGUGUGGAAUGCCGGCGAUAUGGAAGACGUGCCAUGCGAUUAUGCAGUGAACACGGAGAGUCCGAAACGCGCGAUUCGCGGAUAUGUUUGCGGAAUGACACCGAAAUAA